AUGAGCCAGGAAGCUGAAUCAGAACCAGUUUACGAAGAACCAAUCGAUAUUCCGUUGGAAGAAGAGGAUGAUGAUGACGAAGACGAUGAGGCCGAUGAAGUCGGUGAAUCACAUACCCCAUCAACUACGCAGCAAAAAUUACGAGCUGAAGCUGAAGCUCAUGGAGAUGCUGAUGAAGAUGAAGAUAUGGAUACAAUGCAUGCAAAUGCAUCAAGAAGUGGUACAUCAACACCUUUAGGUAAUGCGAAUACUGCUGCUGGAGACGAUGACGAAAUGGAUGAUGAUGAACUAGAUGAUGACGACGGUGAUGAAAAUAAUAAGAAGAGAGAUUCACAGGGUAAGUUUAAAAAAUACCCUAAGCUAGAUCCUGCAAAGGCGCCACCAGGUAAAAAGGUUCCGUUGCAUUUACUGGAAAAGAGAAGACUGGGUAGAAUUAAGGCAGCCGAGGAAUUUGCAAGAAAAUUGAAGAAAAUUGGUAUUGAAAAAGUGGAAACGAAUACGUUACCACCAACAGGCCUUUUCCAACCAAUGAUUUUAAUUAACCAAAAGAAUUAUUCUUCAGAUUAUUUGAAAAAAGAUGAACAAGUGUUUGCACUUAGAGAUAGGAAGGUUCUCAGAAAUAAUACACAAGUACCUUCAAUGGCAAAUACACCAGAUGUAGCGGACUUGAAAAGGGAAAAUGGUAACACGACCGAGUUAAACGAAGCUGCCGGCGACGAAGAUAUUGAUUUAAGUGAUGCAAAUACAACACUGGUUAUACAUCCAGGUUCCAAUUCUUUAAAGGUCGGUUUUGCUAAGGAUGAAUCGCCAUUCGUAAUACCUUCAUGUGUUGCAAUUCCAAAAUCUGAACUUCAUAACCAAAUACCAAUGGAUCAAAAAAAUCAAACUUGUUAUACUAGAGACCAGCCGACUGAAUUUGAAGAGAUUAAAGCUGAAAUGCAGCACAGUUUUAGGGAAAGAAUGAGAUUUUACAAAAGGAAAGUUCAACCAAAUGCACACGAACAAGUUAUUAAUUUUAACAAAGUAUCUAAACCUGAAUUGAUAGAGGAUAAAAAUGAUUAUAACCGCAUUAAUUGGAUUACAACCCCUGAUAGACGUUAUUACGGUGCAGAUGCACUUAGAUGUUCUAAAGAUCAUUUCGUCAUAAGAUAUCCCAUUGUCAAGGGCGGUUCGUUUAAUAUAGCUUCACCAGAUUACAGAUCUUUACAAGAUCUCAUGGGUGAUUUUACUGGCCUCUUAGAACACGUGUUAAGAUCGCCCAGAUUUCAAUUGAAGAGAUCACAGUUUGCUCAGUAUAAAGUUGUACUGGUAAUACCUGAUCUCUUUGAAAAGAGUCAUGUGGAAACUUUGAUCAGAUGUUUGAUAACGGAAAUGCAAUUCCAAGCAGUUGCCAUCAUGCAAGAAUCUUUGGCUACGUGUUAUGGAGCUGGGAUUAGUACUUCAACUUGUGUGGUGAAUAUCGGAGCUACACAGACAAGAAUUGCAUGUGUUGAUGAAGGAACAGUUUUACAAGAUAGUUGCAUAACGUUAGACUAUGGUAGUGAUGACAUUACUAAACUAUUUGCUCUUUUCCUUUUACAAAGUGAGUUCCCAUACCAGGAUUGGGACAUCGAAACUGCUCAUGGGUGGCACUUGGCGGAGGAAUUAAAGAAGAAUUAUACAACUUUUCAAGAUGCUAAUGUGACUGUACAACUUUACAACUUUAUCAAACGUAUACCGGGCCAACAAGCUGAAAAAUUUGAUUUUAAAGUGUUUGACGAAGUAAUUUUGGCACCUUUAUCGCUUUUCUAUCCGGGAAUAGUAGCACAACUUAGGAAUGAAUUAAAACCUCGAUCUCAAAAUGAAAAAUUGGAAAGUGAAUUGCCGAUAUCAAGAGAUAUUUUCACCGAUAACCUUGACGACUGGAGAUCAUUGUCACAGACAGAGUGUUUAGAUAACCAACUGUAUUGUGGUAAUCAAGAUGAAUUUCAAAUGUUGUGCAAACUUUUAGAUGCACCAUCAAGAUUGGAUGAAUUGCAAGCAGAAAAUCGAUUGGAACCAGAUAUAAGGCAAAAUUAUGCACCAUUGGAAAAGGCAAUUGUUCAAAGUAUAACUAACGCAUGUCUAUCGUUCGAUGUUUCAAAGAUGUCAUCGUUUUAUUCUAAUAUUUUAGUGUGUGGUGGUGGGUCUAACGUUCCUGCAUUCGAUUUCAUUUUAACCGAUCGCAUAAACAUUUGGAGACCAAGAAUAUUGAGCCAUACCUCUUUCCCCGAUUUAUACAAAAAACUUUCAAAACAGAUUAAGGAUAUUAAAAAUUCAGUUAAAAAUGGUGAAGGUAAAUCCAACGGACCUCAAGAAGAUGAACAAUUAAAAGAAAAAGUGCAAGAAGUCAUUAAAAAGGAGCUUGAACGUUAUCACGAACUUAUUGAGUCUCAGAAUAAUGCAGAUCACACUUUACCAGUUAGUGUACUUCCACCACCAAGAGAUUUAGACCCCGCAAUACUGAUAUGGAAGGGUGCAAGUGUUUUAGCCCAGAUUAAGCUUGUAGAAGAACUGUAUCUGACUGGAGCUGAUUGGGACAUCCACGGAAGUAGAAUUUUGCAGUAUAAGUGUAUAUUUACAUAUUAG